CUAACUGGUUUCUCUACUGAUACUCUCGUGCCACAGAAUCUUCCAUUCUGCUCUCUAAUGGCUGAAUGGAUUAAGCCUCAUUCUGUCUUCCUCUUGUCCCUUUUGGUUAUUUCUCUGUGUGUCUUACAUGGCAAGUCAUCGCAGUUUGGCUCAGAGGAGUUUGAGUCCUGGCUGGAUGAUAACGACGAAGACGACGAUGUAAACAUGGCUCAGACGAGGCGUGAGCCGCGUAAGGAUUGUGAUUUUGCUGCUGGAAAAUGGGUGUAUGAUGAGUCUUAUCCGCUCUAUGAUUCCGACUGCCCUUAUCUCAGCUCUGCAGUAUCUUGCCGCCGAAAUGGCCGGCCGGAUUCUGAGUAUGAAAAGUGGAAGUGGAAGCCAAAUGCCUGUUCUAUUCCCAGGUUUGAUGCACUGAAGUUUCUUGGCAAAAUGAGAAGGAAAAGAAUAAUGCUAGUAGGUGAUUCCAUAAUGAGGAACCAGUGGGAGUCUCUUGUCUGCUUAGUGCAAGGAGUUGUACCAACUGGCAGAAAGAAGGUCACCUACAAUGGUCUUUCAAUGUCUUUCCAUGCCUUGGAUUUUGAAACAUCAAUUGAGUUUUGUUGGGCUCCAUUGCUGGUGGAGCUCAAGAAAGGACCUGGAAACAAGAGAAUCUUGCACUUGGAUUUGAUAGAAGAGAAUGCAAGAUACUGGAGAGGAGUUGAUGUUCUUGUGUUUGAUUCAGCUCACUGGUGGACUCACUCCGAAAAAUGGAGUUCGUGGGACUAUUACAUGGAGGGGAGUUCUCUCUUCAAAAAUAUGAAUCCAAUGGUUGCUUAUCAGAAAGGACUCGCUACAUGGGCCAAAUGGAUAGAUCUAAACCUCAAUCCUCGCCAAACACGAGUCAUUUUCAGGAGCAUGUCCCCCGGGCACAAUAGAGAAAAUGGUUGGAAAUGUUAUAAUCAGAGGAAGCCUUUGCCAUAUUUCAGUCACCAACAUGUUCCUGGACAACUACUAGUGCUAAAAGAGGCGUUGAGAAAAAUGAGUUUUCCAGUACAUUUGCAGGAUAUUACAACUAUUUCGGCUUUCCGCAGAGAUGGUCAUCCUUCUGUGUAUAGAAGGGCAAUGGACCAGGAAGAGAGACAGCACCCAAGAGAUUUUUCCUCUGAUUGUAGCCACUGGUGCCUUCCUGGGGUCCCUGAUAUCUGGAAUGAGAUGUUGAGUGCUCUGCUCUAAGAUGAAGCAUAAAUAAUAAAUUAGCUAGGGUUUGCUUUUGGCACUCUGUAUUAGCCAGUAAUAUGCUUUGUGCUUUUGUUGUUUAUUGAAAUGCUAAAUUGUUUACGAGGAGAUAGUGUCAUGGAAUAUGGUGUGUUUGGCACGUGACUCUUAACUCCUAAAUAUUAACUUCACUUUCAAGAUUUCUU